UUUGUUUCGAAUUAGUGCAAGCUGUCAGAAGGAGAUCAGGAAGACGGAAAAUAUUUUUUUUUGCAUUUUCCUUGUUACUUCAGUCGAUUAUUCCGAAGCAGUGAUUUUGUGAUUUGGUUCAAAUUAAUAUUGAGAUUAUAGUGUUAUUCCACCAUGUUAUGUUGAUUUCCAGAGCUGUGUCUGCUGAAUAUUUCCAUGGCAAAUCGUUACCACAAAGGAGGACAUUAAUCCAAUUUGGUUGUGAGCUGCGGUAGGAGAUAACAGGAAGGAAGGAAAAAACCUUGAUGAAAUCAUCGAUUCUGCGGUUGUGCUCUCGAAUGCAGGCAGUUGACAGAGAAUGUCGCAGAGUCCACCCAACUACAUGGACGGAGUUCCGGUGAAGAUUUCGGAGCGCUUCAAACCCCCUCCGAAGAUCACCCUUCCCCAGAGUGUCAUAAAUCGAUUGGCACAAGUCCAGAGCGGGGGAACACUUCGAACUCCGGUCAGCUAUGAUUUCGAUCUGGAAGCAACCGUACUUAAACGAAUUACCGAAUGGCGAGCAGCCAAGGAGAAGGAGCGUUAUGAGCGGGAGGAACGGGUUCGGCUUAAGGAGUUAGAACGGACACGGCUAGCGGAAGAAGAGCAGAAGCGUAAGUUGAACCAGAUUUCUUAUCCCAAUACGGAUGACCUUUCCAGUGCCAGUGAAGGCGAAGAGGAAGGUUCUGCUGACGAAAAUGAGGAAUCGACGCCCUCGGGAUCGUCUGAGGAACGAAUUCAAAGUAAUCACACAUUAUCAGUAGCUAGUUCCAACGCAGUUCAGCAUAGUCAUAUGAACAAAUUCGAUUCAAUUCUUAUGCCAACGGUGCUCCCAGAUGUGGCAACGUCUGCUCUAGUGUCCCCUGAAAAGGCAAUAGACUCCGGCAGCACGCCUCUUAACUUCAGCAUUCCAAAGAAUACAAAUUUGUUGAACAAUAACCACAGUAUCUAUAACAAGAUCAACUAUUCGGAUUUCGAGAAUGACACUUCGAGUCCUUUCGAUAAUAUGGAGUUGAAAACUAUAAACGAUUUGGACAUUUUAGCUCAAGUUUAUAAUUUAGAUAUUUCUCAUUCUGGUCCAGAGCGAAGCCCAGCUGACUCCAAUGAAAAUGAGGCAAAAAAGAAACUAGAAAACCAAUGUUCCCCGAAUCAGAAUCAAGAUAAUGAUGUUUCCGUUGUGCAAAAUGCGACCCCACUGCAAUCCUUAAGCUAUCAACCUCAAUCCCAGUAUCAACCCACAGCGUAUACCCAAAGUUCUGGUCAAGAGGUCCUAUCAAACGAUUAUUAUAAAUCCUACGAUGGUUACCACUAUAAUUAUGGUGCUGCAUAUGCUCCUCCCUCUUCGACGCCCUCGAAUGCCAGCUAUGCGACUCAGGAUAGUCGAUUUCUAAGUCAAUACCAGUCAACUGCGGGCACUUCCUACCAGCAGUCGACGCAAUCUCAGUAUCAACCUUUCAACUAUUUUCCUUACACGAGUUCCUCGAGCAAUUCAGCAACGCAGUCCACCUAUGCAAAUGCAUAUUUCUACAACAGCACCUAUGGACACCAGUCUCAACUAGCGCCCAAUUAUAACAACUACCCCGUACAGGCAAAUGCCACAGCAACGGAAACGCCCUCAGCCGGAUACAAUUCCAGUGGAGAAUCUUCAAAGGGCGAAGACGCAUCGUCAUUGAGAUCCAAAUCUAAAAGUGUGCCUGACAUAGUCCGUCAAUUGGAUGAGGAGGUGAAAAACUCCGCCCAGCGAAGAACUCGAAACAAUAGUCAAUCGGUUGCCGAGAGCAAUCCGGCAGAGGAAAAAAGUAUAGGCAAGUCAGAGUCGUCCACGCAGGACUAUACGCUUUACAAUCGGUUGUCGCCUACCGAUCAGAACCUGGUGAAACGCAUUGGGUCGAUGGGUUUCCCAUUGGAGCGUGUAGCAGCGGUUCUAACACGGAUAGGGAACAAUGAUAAAAAGAUCGUAGAACAUCUCAUACCAUUGAGUGAAUUGCUGGACCUGGGUUUCGAAGAGGAGAAAAUAUCCGAAGCGUUGGUCAAAUUCGACAACAAUAAACACAAGGCGCUAGAUUAUUUGAUAUCGUAGUACCUCAGUUAUUUUCUGUCUGAUAUUAAGCUACCACUCGACGUCGGUAGCAACGUGAUUGUGAUUAUAGCUGCGCGCAGAAAACAAAAAUCCUAGAUAUUGGCUCCAAAUUAAGCUGUAACUUGUUGUAAUAAACCAAAAUCGAUUGUAGUAGUUAUUUCAUAUUCCACUUUGAAACAACUAAUAGAAGGCUUUGAUGUUGUGAUGCCUUGCCCGCUGACGAUGAAACUAGGUCGUAUUUUGCAAAUCUUUAUAUAAAACUGUGCAUCUAACUGCACUUGAGCACAUGAUUUGCUUCUAAAGUGAGCUUAUCGUUUGAUCUUAUUAUUCGCCGCUGCAUAUUUUUUCGCUUUUAUUAGAUCUGCGAUACAAUUUUCGACAAUUUCAAUCUUUUUAAAAUAGUGCUUUGUACCAAAUUUUGUUUUAUAACCUAUCUUGUCAAUUUUCUGUUUUAAUCUGGUAGGUAUGCCCUUGAAAAAGGAUUUUUAUAUCGGCAGAGUAUUUAAUGAAUCUUGCAUGCCUAACCGCGAAAAACGAGUCGGUGAGAGAAAACUCAUGUUCUAAUAUUGAAUUUCUGUUCAAGUGCUUAUGUUGAUUAUUACAAGAAAAAUAAACAAUAUUAUAAACUA